GUUUUUGGUAUAUUUUGUGGGGCAACCUGUAUAUUGGAACGGUCCAUACGUGGUCACACUGGGUGUCGUCUUGUAGAAAAUAUCAUAACAAUCUAUUUCCCGACAAUAUGUGGUUCGAAAUCCUACCUGGUGCCGUGAUCAUCACCACGCUCCUGUCGGUGCCCAUAUACGCCAUGUACGGCCUGGACAAGCUGACGAUCGGCAAUGCUUUCCGGCGCAACAUGGACGAGCGUUUCAGCCGAGUUAUGUACCAGCGCGAUUUCCGACUGACCGACAAUCCCUACAAGAUGAACGGACUCGAGCAGAUUCCCGAUGAAGAGGAGAAGAAGGAGGAAAAGGAUCCCAACGAGGACAACGACGAUCCCGCACUCGCGAAGAAGAGGGAGAAGGAGCGGAAGUUAAGGGAGAAACAGCUGCAGAAGGAGGAAAAGCUCAGGGAGAAACAGCUGAGGGAAGAGGAGAAGCAGAGAAAAAAUUAGUAUCAAUAAAAACAAACAAUUCGCCAGUGCAGCUCCCAAUCCGAGCACAGGACUCUCGGCCGCCUUUGCCGCGCAUUUAGCAACCCUGUGCUCGUGACAGGAAACAACCCCUAAGGGAGAAGUUCGGGUGGCGAAACAUCCCGUCGUCAGCUUUGUGUGGUAUUCGGUGAAAAGGCGUCGUCGAGCUGUGAGCGCGGAAAUAAACAAAUAUCCUACCGACUAA